UUUUGUAUCAGCAGUUCUAACGCAAAACUGAUUGUGAUCUGAGUUUACAUUGCCAGAGAAAAAGGUACCUUGUGCAUUAGUUUUCUACCAAUCAGUAAAAAGAAUAUCGUGUAUGGAAUCAUCAAAAAGCGGCUUAGUUUUUUCGCCAUAAAUAAUGAAGAUUACUCGGUGUAGAUUGCGUAGGGCUUAAUGACUUCCGGUCACAAACGGUUCAAAAGUCGGUAAAUUCAUUUCCAACUUAUUGCAUCGGCAGAGAUUCGUGCGUGAUCUCGCAAUCACAAAAAUACUCAUUAGUGGAUAAGCAGCAAACCGAAAAGUUACCAGCGACGCGCCAUACUCAGCUCUCUUUCUUUUUUAAAACGUCCUCUGCUGACCGACAAACUCGGACGCAUUGCUGGAGAAAGAUACCGAAUGCAUUUAGAAUAACAAUACCGGUAGUAAAUGACAUACUCAAUAUCUGCACCAUAGGUAGUCGCUAGACCGCAGUGGCGUUAAAGAAUGCCAGUAUCCAACGAACCGUAACGUAUCAUCACACACGCCCGCUAUCACCGGCGAUAGAACGACAUACAUUCUGACAAUGAAUGGUUUUUCAAACAAAAGCUAUACGUAAACCGCGAAAAGUGAAUUUUGAUGAGUACGAGAAAAAAAAACAUUUACAGUCUAAUCAGUGUCUCGUACAGCAUUUGCCAAACGGAGAGAAAGAGGUUUACAUCCGGGAAAAUAAUACAGCUCGGUGCUGAUGAAAAUGCAAAGCAGACCCAUGUAAGCGUAAACCGCGGCGGUUAGACGAGAUUCAAUUAAAGCUGGAACGAAUUUUCAGUUUUAGUAAUUGUUUAGGUUUGAAAGCUGCUAAAUUGUCGCGAAACGAGUCGUAAUUUAGGUAGCAAACAGUUGAAGGUUGCAUUGAGUGAGAUGUUAAAUUAAUUUGAGAUUAGUGUAGAGUGAAGUGAACGAACGAAAAAGUGUGCUGUGAAUGUAUCGAUGUGAAUAGUUUGACUAUUUUAGCAAGUUAAUAAAAGCAUCACUAGCAUUGAACUAGGACAUACAAUUAGUCAUGAAGAUAACUGAAAUAGGUAUCCGCAAUCAUGGUCAUCCACGAACGUUGCUCACCCUCAUCUUCGGAACCGUGCUGGGAUUUAUGUUCGCUACCUUUAUCACAUUUAGCACUAGUCGUACACCGUGGCUCCCAGAGUACUAUCAUUCGAGAGAAUCUCCACCGGUAGUGGCUGAUCCACAUACUGGAAACGAGCUAAGAGAUGCCGCUGGGCCAGAGAAGGACGUUGGAUUCCAUGGAAAGCAUGAAGAAGCUCACGCGCAUGAAAAUUCGUCUCUUGCGCAUCAGUUGCAGCAAGAGGUUCGGGUGUUGUGCUGGAUAAUGACAAAUCCGGGCAAUCACAAAAAGAAAGCACUGCAUGUGAAGCGAACGUGGGGUUCGAGAUGCAAUAAGUUACUAUUUAUGAGUUCAAAAGAAGACCCUUUGCUAAACUCCAUAGCAUUGCCUGUCAAAGAAGGCCGAAGCAAUCUGUGGGCCAAAACCAAGGAGGCAUUUAAGUAUAUCUAUCAGCAUCACUUAGAUGACGCGGAUUGGUUUAUAAAGGCCGACGAUGAUACGUAUGUGAUUGUGGAAAAUCUACGGUACAUGCUGUACCCGUACUCAUCGAGUUAUCCGAUUUACUUUGGUUGCAAAUUCAAGCCAUUCGUGAAGCAAGGUUACAUGUCUGGUGGCGCCGGCUAUGUGCUCAGUAAAGCCGCAGUGAAACGUUUUGUUGAAGAAGCCAUUCCUAACAAAAAUUGCCGGCAGGAUAACGAUGGUGCCGAGGAUGUGGAGAUGGGCAAAUGUAUGGAAGCAGUUAAAGUCUUGGCAGGCGACUCGCGAGACUCUCUAGGCAGGGGGCGAUUUUUCCCAUUUGUUCCUGAACAUCAUCUCAUUCCUAACCAUGUAGAUAAAGAUUUCUGGUACUGGAAGUACAUUUACUAUAAAACGGAUGAGGGUCUGGACUGUUGCUCAGACAAUGCAAUAUCUUUCCACUAUGUGUCUCCCAAUCAGAUGUACGUACUGGAUUAUUUGGUUUAUCACUUGCGGCCGUACGGUAUUGUUGGUCACUCUCAACCACUACCAAAGAAACUGUCACUAGCGGAUGUGGUUCUGUCGGACGAUCGUAGUAGAACUACCGAGACUCCACCAAGCGGUGAUAAAUCAAAAUUGAUCGGAGAAAUUGAUGAACAGCGGAAUCGACUAUUAAAUACCAAAGAUGAACAAGAAUCGAACAGUUUACUACUUGAGUAGUAGAACAUUUUCUAGUAAGUUGUAGUUGUGAUCGAAUAGCCAAACUACUACUGUGUGCGUGUCAUCUGUGAUGAUGAUAGAUUUGUGCAUUUGCAGUGAGUGAUUUUAGGUUCGUGUAAAAGAACUUGUAGUCAUAAGAGAAGUUUAAAGUUCAUGCGCCAUACUAAUGAAUUGCGAUUUAAGCAGAUAUACCAAAGUUUUUUGUCAGUGAAUAUCGCAGUAAGCGAUCCAUUCCUUAUAAAGUUAUGUGUAACGAAUCUCAAAAUAA